CUCCCUUCCGAGUAGACAAAAAUGUGAAACAGAUUUUCAACACGCUAGAUGCCCACAUGGGCAGCGCCGUCCCUGAGCACAGGUGGCCCCACCCCGGCCCGUCCUCACCACGGAAGCAGGGGGCCCUCAGGAAGGUGGUGGGCCCCCACGCAGCCUUGGAGCAGCACCUGCUCCCGCCAGCCAGACGGGACAACCUCGUGACCCCAGGCACUGCGCCAAGCAGACGGAAGGUCUUGUCUCAGCUGGGGGCGAUCGGUCCAGGACGAGCUCCGCCCUGGGUCGGCUGCACGGAGACCCGGGAGGGCCACAGUGUCUGCCGACAGCUGUCCCGGAGCGAAGGCAAACCAGCUUCUCAAGUGUCCCUGACAGAAGACGAGGACACGCAAUGUCUGGCAACCAGUGAGAAGCACCACGCCAGAAAGCAGGGAAAAUACGCUUCCCAACAUGCGGAACCGUCCGUCCAGACGGACCGGGCACCGGCGCGGAUGUCAGAAUACAAGGUCAGGGACAGGGACAGGGACAAGGUACGAUGCUUAGGGGAAAAUUUGUAGUGCUGUAUAACCACACGACGAAAGAAGAUCCCAGACUAACAACCUUAGCCUUCAUUGUAAGGAAAGAGAAGAGCCAAAUGCAAAUGAGCAGAAAAAAGGGGACUGAAGAUCUAAGCAGCGAUCAGUGAAAUCAGAGACAUAAAAAUAAAAGGUAAAAUCAAUAAAACCACAGGUUGUUAUUUGAGAUAAAAAAGUUCCUACACUUCUGUCCAGACUGGUCAGGGGGAAGAAACAGACAUAAAUGCUCCGUAUCUGAAAUACGAGUUGUAGCAUCACCAGGGAGCCUACGCGCAUGAGAAGGAUAAAAGGGAAUAUUCUGAGCAACUUUGUGACGAUAUAGAACAAUUCCUCGACGGACACAAACAACCAAAACUCAUUCAAAAAGAGAUAGAUUACCUGAACAGCCCUUCAUCUGUUAAAGAAAUGGAAUUUUUAGUAAGUCUUUCCACAAAGAAAACAUCAGAGCCAGACUGUUUUACUGGUGAUUCCUAGCAAACAUUUAAGGAGAACAUAACACCAAUUCAACACAGAGUCUUCUAGAAAAUUGAGGAGAGAACCCAUCCCCAUCUGUAAGGCUAGCAUGACUGUGAUACCAAAACAAAACCUACAGAUUCAUGAGCACAGAUGCAGAAGUUCUAAAUAAAACUUCAGCAAAUU